UUUAAUGAUUAUCAGGAAUGAUGAAUAAAUUGAUUGACAGAUAAUUUCAGUAUUUUAUUUGACUAUUUUUUAAUGCUUUGAAUUCGAAAACAAAUUGAUCGAUAGAAAAGAAAAUAUUCCAUUCCAUCACAAACUCAAGGAGUUAUUGAGAUUAAAAAAAUGAUAAGUGCCCGUGUUGGCCUCUCGCCCGUAAAUAAGAUGUUAUUUAUUACCAAUAUUUUAUUCAAUUAAUUUGAUUUCACGAUAAAAUCAUAUUAUGAUAGCUUCAACAUGGCAUGAUAAUUUUAAUAAUAAAAUGAAUAAUAAAUGAUACAACAUUUAUUGUUCAAUUUAUUUCCCAUUCAAAACUUGUUUUGAUCCUGUCUAUUCUUUUCCAUAAUUUUCAAUUUGUAUGUUCUAAUGACAGAAUUAUUUUAAAAAGUAUAAUUACUACGAUGAAAUUGACUGGCAAAGGAAGAAGAAAAUAUGAAGAACUGUGUGAAAUUACGCCUUGUUCUCCGAAGACGUUCGAAGUAUUGAGUAUUUUUUUAUGCACAGAUUUAGUAUCUGCACAAAAAAUAUGUUGACACCAGGCCAGUUAGCCUCAAGCAUUUCCUCGCUGCGGUUUCAUUUUUUGUGUUUAUGUACAGCCUUAGUUAAAUUUGAUAAAACUCAUUUAUCGUACUCCACUUUCCCGCAAACUCCUGCUUCCGGUGAUGAAAUUAAUCUCGUGCGGUGCCGCGGGAGUCAGUCCGAUUCAAACCCCCAUGCGGCGCGGACAAUAAUGAUUUAACAACAAUAAUAAUUUUUGAAUCCAAUAAUAGCCGUUAAUAACUACUAUCUUUAGAUUAAAUUACAAUUCAAUUAAACCCCUGCAUUGUUCUCGUUUGGCUUUCUCGUUUCAACUCGAUUCAUAGAACAAUAAUUAGCAACAAAAAGUUCCGUCAAUGAUCACCUAAUACUAUUAAUACUAUUACUGAAAAUAGGGACUAACUGAAUCGCAAAUUAAAAUGGCUAAAGACGCUGGACUGCCCCAGGAAAUAAUAGAAAAACCGAUUGUGCAUGCGAUUGUGAAUGAUUUGAGUUCAGUAACUGAGACUGCACUUGGAGAUGAGGUUGAGCUUGGGGUUGUUGAAGUGAAGCCAGAGGAAACUGCUCUUGAGGUUGAUACGACGGACCAGGCGCGUCGCGCGGCUCGCCAGGAGUCCACAUACGCCGCGAAGAAGACUGUUGCCCAGGGGAUGAUGGAUGUCGCCUUGAUCACAGCUAAUGCCAAUCAGCUGCGGUAUCUCGUUGAGUACCAGAGGGAGAGCCCCACCUUCUGGUUCAUUGUUUCGCUCAUUACCAUCAGCCUCUCCCUCCAGGUCGCUGUGGGAGUCAGUCUGAUCUUUAAAGGACGCUUCGACAUCAAGGGGAAAUCGAGAUCACCUCAAGCAUUGAGAAUUAAUAACUACGUUGUUGUUGCGGUCUUCCUUAUUACGAUAAUAAAUGUUUUCGUCGCCGCGUUCAGCAUCACGAGUCCACCUGCUGUUGCGGGGGCUUCUACUGUGAAUAAUGCUGCCGCCUAGAUUCUAUCAUGAUUAUUUUAUUAGGUGAAACAUGAAUUUAGUAGCGAAGUUAUAAACUAUUUAGAAUUGAUCUCUGAAAGGGGAGAAUUGAAUUUGACUUUUCAGAUUCAUUUUUUAUCGUAUUUUUUAUAUUUUGUAAAUAA